AUGCCAAACAUCAACUUAUCCCGCAAAGACAUCGCUGCGCUUAUUCAAGGUCCCCCACUAGUCGCUGUCCUUAUUGGCGCAACAACAGGAAUCGGAUCUUACGUCGCACGAGCUCUGGCAAACACUUUCGCGAAAGACGGCAACAAAUUGCGCGUGUAUGUCGUCGGGCGCAAUGCCAGCCGUGCAGAGACUCUCCUUACAUAUGGUCGUCAAACAAGCCCUGGAUCGGACUGGCGAUUUGUCGCAGUGCCAGAUCUGACACUGAUGAGCCAUGUUGACCGCUUUUCGCAAGAGGUCAUCAAGCAAGAGCAAGCUUCGCCAUUCACUGGAGGACCACCACGCAUAGACUUGCUAUAUAUGAGCCAAGCACUCUCACCAAUGCAAGAAUCACCCGACGCUGUCAAGCCUGACGAGAUACCAAUUGGCAUCCCAUCCAAGAAGGAUUACGGUGUCAGCUCCGUACGCAAACACGUAGCAUUCAUGAAGACCUUCGCCUUUGAGCACCUAGCCGAGCAACAUGCCGGAAAGAUCAGCUUCAUUCACAUCUACCCCGGCCUAGUCGACGGCCCAGUAUUCUACAGCGAUGUCAACCCAACGUGGUUCAAAAUCCUGUGGCGCUUGCUGAAGCCCCUGGCAUCAUUUUACAUGACUUCGCCAGAGCGAGAGCUUGCGGGAGGAGCGUAUGGAGUUGGCAUGAGGGGAGAUGAGGGGAAAGACAAAGUCUGGGAGCAUUUGAUGGAAGUGUUCGAAGGUAUUGAAAAGCUGAGCUCUGACACAAGAUAG